GCCCGCGCCUCUCACAGCUCCAGCCCGCGCGCGGCUCGAGAAGACCGAUCCCAGCCCGAGUGUAAGCCUAGCAUGGGAGCGCAUGUCCUUGGCCCAGAUGUCCUUCUGUGUGGCCCAACUACCUUGUGCGCGGCCCAACUGCAGCAUCACUACGGCCCAACUCGUUGUUGGUGCAGCCCAGCGACUUUGAAACAAGCCCAGAAGCAUCCAAGCGA